GGAGGAGAGGGAGCAUACCUCAUCCUCCUCGUCCUCCUCCUCCUCCUCCUCUUCCUCCUCCUCCUCUCCUCCUCCUCCUCCUCCUCUCCCCACCCCACCUCCUCCUCCUCUUUUCUGACCCCAGGCACCAUAAUUGAGGUUCCUGGUAUUGCUGGGACACCAAGUCCUUUCCAGGGUUCUCAGAGAGUUUGGACCUUGCCCACUGCCCUAGCAACCACUCCACCAAUCAUAUCAGAUCAGGGCUCUGGCAGUAGAAAAAGAAAGAGGCCAAGCACUCCGCGGGCCCUGCCAGACGGUGGGCACUUGCUCAGAGGUGCUAUAGAUGAUAAGGUGGGGGAUCUGGUGUCAUUCUUGCUCCUCAGAUAUCACAGAAAGGAGGUGGCCACAAAGGCAGAUAUGCUUAGUGUUGUCAGAGAUUACCAAGACUUUUUCCCUAUGAUCCUCAGCCAAGCUGCUGAGUGCAUGGAGCUGGUCUUUGGUAUUGAUGUGAAGGCGUUGGACUCCACAGGUCUUUGCUAUGUCUUGGUCAACACCUUGGGUCUCACCUACAAUGAUUUGUUGGGUGGUGAUGAGGAGAGCAUGCCCAUGGCUGGCCUCCUUGUAAAUACCUUGAGUAUAAUCUUCAUAGAUGGCAACUGUGCCGCUGAGGAAACGGUCUGGGAAAUGCUGGGUAUCAUGGGGCUGUAUGCUGGUAUGAACCAUUUCAUCUAUGGGGACCCCAGGGAGCUGCUGACCCAAGUGUGGGUGCAAGCAGGGUACCUGGAACACCGGCAGGUGCCCAAUAGUGAUCCUGCCCGCUACGAGUUCCUAUGGGGUCCCCGGACGUAUGCAGAGACCACUAAGAUGAAAGUCUUAGAGUUUUUGGCCAGAGUCCAUGGUACUACCCCCAGUGCUUUCCCCGGCUUGUAUGAAGAUGCUUUGCAAAGUGAAAAAACGGGAACCCAAACCAGAGUUGUGACCAGGGCCAGGGCCAGGGCUGGGAUUUGUGCCAGGACCAGGGCCUAUUCCAGGGGCACAUCCAACAGCUCCUCUUACACCAACUGAAGUGGAGGCAAAUGUUUCAUUCUGUUUGAUGAGAACAGUCACUUACAAAAUGGGGCUUGGGAGUAUUGAAUAUAUUGUAUCUUUGUGUUCCUGCUGUGUAUGGGUGAUUUGGAGAUUUUUUUUUUCUUUUUGGUACUUUUCAAAUGCUGUUCCUAUUAACAAAAGGCUUAAUUAACUUCAAGUUCUAAGUUUACAAAUGACAUUCAUCAGAAAUGUAUUGCUGUUUAUCUGGUUUAAGAAGUGAACAUUUUACCUAUUUUGUAGCUACAGUUAUUGUCAUAAACCUGUAUAAGUGAUGGUAAACUCCUUUAGGUUUUGCUUGUUUGGAGCAUUUUUUAUCUAUCUUUUUCUGAAUGAUAACUUUGUAGGGUAACGAGCAUAUUGUUGGUUGGAAGUUUUUUCUUUUAGCCCUUUGAAUAUAUCGUGCCCUUCUCUUGGCUGCAAAAUUUUGGCUGAAAAGUCUGCUGAUGCUCUUAUGGGGUCUCCUUCAAAUGUACCAAAUUGUUUUUCUCUUGCUGCUUUUAAGAUUUUCUGCAUUUUGCUAUUUUGUGAAACAAAUUGGGAAACCUUUCAUUAUAUUUUGUGAUCUGGAAUAAGAAAACAUAGCAUUGGAAAAUUACUUUCCUUGAAAAUGUGGAAAUAAAUACAAGAGAAAAGUGAAAAAUAGUUAAUUUUUGCCUUCCGUUAUCCCUUUUCUUGUGUUCUUCUGUAAAAUUAAAAGAUACGUACCUGGAUAUGCUUUGCUUAUUCAAGAAUAUAUGCAGUAUUAAA